AUGGAUCCCAACGGCACAACCGACAGCAAGUACGUGACUCUGGUCUCGAGUGAUGGCUACGAGUUCGUCGUCUUGCGGGACGCCGCCAUGAUCAGCCCUGCCAUCAAAGGCAUGUUGGACACGCGCAACAACUUCCGUGAGGCUGCUCUGGGUCGCUGCGUGUUUGAAGAGAUCAGUGGCGUUGUGCUUGAGAAAGUCUGCGAGUAUUUCCAAUACUGGUACCGCUACCGCGAGCGGGAGGACGUUCCUGACAUGGACAUUCCUGUCGAGCUGUGCCUGGAACUGCUGGUCGCAGCCGACUUCCUGGGUCUGGACAAGCAAAAUACCGGCACUGUCUGA